CACUCAAUCGAGGCCUGCGUGUCCUGAGCACUGCGUGGACCGGGCUUCUCCGCCCUGGGGACUGUGGGAAGCGGAAACUAUACCAGUCGUAAACAUCUGGGACGGGAAUGUAAAGUACUACGAACGGUGACACAAAUCAGCUUGAGUGCCGUUUCGGCAUAAUAAACAUUGUACAUUGGGUUUCUAAUGGGAGCUGAUGGUUUCGUGAGAAGGCACCGGAUGACAUCGGAGACAGCAGGCGGAGACGCUGGGGUUGCAGGAGCCUCAGCCGGCGCAGAGGUCCGAUGGCUCGGGGGAAGGAUUUGGGGAGUAUCGGAGAGCCUCGUUGGGAGUUUGUCUCCUCGGAUCGGAGGCGAGACAGAUAUUCAGACUGUUCAGUUCAGCGGUGGUCCUCUAGAAGUAGCAGAUACUUCAGAACCGGACUAUGAGGGUUUGCCGCAGGGCGCUUCAACUAGCACCCACAUGUUUGCAGGAGCAGUGGCUGGGAUCAUGGAGCAUUGCCUAAUGUUUCCUAUCGACUGUGUCAAGACGCGAAUGCAGAGCCUCCAGCCUGAGCCUGCCGCCCGCUACCGGAAUGUGAUGGACGCGCUCCGGCGAAUCGUGACCACGGAGGGAGUCUGGCGACCACUGAGAGGGCUGAAUGCCACCGCCGUGGGGGCGGGUCCCGCGCACGCUCUCUACUUCGCCUGCUACGAGAAACUGAAGAAGAGCCUGAGUGACAUCAUCCACCCCGGGGCUAACAGCCAUUUGGCCAACGGUGCGGCAGGGUGUGUGGCCACAUUGCUUCACGACGCCGCCAUGAACCCAUCUGAAGUGGUGAAGCAGCGUCUGCAGAUGUAUAAGUCUCCGUACGGGGGUGUGAUUGACUGUGUACGCGCCGUGUGGCGGACCGAAGGCGCUGCUGCCUUCUACCGCUCCUACACCACCCAGCUCAGCAUGAACGUGCCCUUCCAGGCCCUCCACUUCAUGACCUACGAGUACCUCCAGGAGCUCCUCAACCCCCACAGACAGUACAAACCCUCCUCCCACGUGGUGUCCGGCGCCCUGGCCGGGGCCAUCGCCGCCGCGGCAACCACCCCGCUGGAUGUCUGCAAGACCCUGCUGAACACCCAGGAGUCACUGGUGGGGGUCCCCGCGGCGGGUCAGGCUGGAGGGCGGGCGGUUCACGGACACAUCACUGGCCUGGCCCAUGCCUUCCGGACGGUGUACAGGCUGGGCGGCCUGCCGGGCUUCUUUAAAGGAGUCCAGGCCAGGGUGAUCUACCAGAUGCCCUCCACAGCCAUCAGCUGGUCAGUCUAUGAGUUCUUCAAGUAUGUAAUCACCAAGCACCAGCUGGACAAGAAGAGGGCACAGCAGAGAGAGGGCGACAAGUAAAGGACAUUAACGGUUUUGUUUUUUGUUGCCAUCUCUCUUCCAUCUCUCUUUUUUCCACUAUCCACCUCUUUUCUUCGUCCUACUGAGCAAGACGAAGGAGGAGAGAGGAGGUAUAGAUGCGCACAUAAACCAAUACCCACCUCUUAUUUACUCUUGGUCAGAUAGCCAAUUCGAAAGAAUUCCGUGUGUUUCAACUUAUAACAUCCCUGUUUAAUAGUUAGACACUGAAAGUGAAAAACGUAUGAAAGCAGUCCCACAGUACGCACAUGAAUACCAACCAAAAAGAAAGUUAAUUCUGUUUUUCUAGUCUAAAGUGGGUUUUGUUUUUCUCCAGCAUCUUGUUGGGAUGAGUAACAACAGUGUACAAGGUAGACUCAGCAAUAGAACAUCUGAUUGAAUAGAACCUUCCUGGUUACUGGUAUUAAUAGACAGGCCUAUAUCCUAUAUAUUUAUUUUUUGGAAUGUUUCUUAAACACUUUUUUGCCAGUUUUAAAUGUACCGGAAUCUUAAGCUGUAUCCUGUUGAUCUAACUAAGUAAUAAUAAACAUGAAGUAGAUUAAUUCAAAGAUAAAAGAGGAAAAACAUAACUGCAUUCCAGAAGCUUCCAAGCCAAUAGAACCAGAGGGGGUUAAGCCAAAUCUGCAGCCACUCUUGUAAUAAUAAUGUUUGCUUAUUUAGACAAAUAUUGUAAAAAGGCCAAUCAAUGGUGGUUCUGUUAUUUUCCAUGUGUGUAACCAUGGAAAAUAAAGACAUGGUCUAUAAUGAUAUUUUAUUGCUGAGUUUGCCUGUAAAUUUGAUCAUUAUUAGGAUUACCUUGUCUGGAUGUAAGCUGAUCACGUUAAGCCCCACCAGGGGAAAAUGUGACAAACCCAGUAAUUUUCUGGAGUGAUGUAAUGUGACCAGGUGUGUGUGACAGUCAGCCUGCAGGGGGCGUUACUGCUGCAUUGGAAACCCAGGCAAUAGUUCAUAGGCUUUGGGGAGAAGUUAAGACCCUUAAAGGAAUGAAAUAACACCUGAGACAAGUGAUUAGGAGCUGCUUGUAAACAUUUCCCUGAAACUGUUAGUGAGUUGUUUAGGUUGUAAUUGAAGUUUGCCAUCUGGAACUGUUUUUAAAAUGGUUGCAUAGAAUAUAAACAGAAUAGUACACUUGUUACACGUAUAUAUUUGUGAAUUAAAAUUAUUUAAAACGUUUUAUAAUUCUGAUCUGACUUGAUGUAAAACGUAGAUUGGCUUAAUUUAUUGCUGUCCGUCGGUAAAGUGCAUCCAUUCUAUUGUGAGAGUAAGUAACCAUUGAGAGGUAUUGUUGUAGUGAUUCCUGAACACCUACAGUACUUUUCCUUGGUUGACUGGCAACACUCCUGUGAACCAUUGAACAUCUAAUUGGACAAUACGCCCCAUUCUGCCUUCUGAUUGGCCCUGAUGUAAUGAGUUUGGGAUGAGUGGGCAAUCUCAUUGGUAUUAUUUUAUAAUUCGCACAACUUCAGUUGGUUAGCCUACAUAUACCGUUAAAAUUUCUGUCGGUGUACAGUCACACCCUUGUUUUAUGUGGACUGUCUGGCUGGCUGUCAGCUGACUGUAUUACCACCACCACCUGUAGGCUUAGACAGAACAUAUUGGCUUUGGCAGUGAAUUUGGAUUCCCAAUAAUUAACAAAUAAACUCAAACUCCAGAAACAUGUUUACAUCACGAGAUGACAUGGGAAUCUCCUGUUGAACUGCAUGGUUCCAGUGAAGCAUUCAGCUGUGUACGGUCCUCAUUUAAUGGUCUGGCCAAUAGUCUUUCAUAGACAUUGCAUCUCUGUAUGUGUGAGAGUGGGCUGAAGCCUGCAAUGGCUAUGUCCAUACUAAAUAUAUAAAAUCACAGUUCUCUUUUAUCCAUCUCUAUGGUCUGUCACUGACUCUAAGGGUAGAGAAGAAAACAGCUCAUGUUUCAGGACAACUUCCAAUGAAAGGUUUCUGCACAUGCCACCUGUUUGUUCAAGCAGCUAUUAUAAAGACUUCAGGUAGAAGUUAAGCCUUAGGCUUUGUUUACACAGACAACACAAUUCUGAUGUUUUAACUAAUCAGAUCUGAUCUUUUGCCUAUAAUUGGGCUGCCUGUUUAAACCCAGCCUAUGUGGUCUCAGUUUCUCCUUUGUUUCUGUCUGAAAAUAACCUGUAAUCCUGUGAGAUCAAUAAACAGCAGUAGACUCUUUCAUGCUGCCCACAUAUGUUCGUA